AUGACCUCUGCCUUUGUAUCCACCUCCGGCGACAUCAAAGCCUUGGAGCAAGGCAUCAACACCAUGAAAUCCACCUGCAAAGAUGUAACUCUACUAGGCUCUUUCCUCGAAAACCACGAUAACCCACGGUUCCCCUCGUUGACUUCAGAUAUGAGUUUGGCCAAAAACGCAAUCGGGUUUGCAAUGUUGGCAGAUGGCAUCCCUAUCGUCUAUCAAGGCCAAGAACAGCAUUUCUCUGGCGCAUCCACCCCGGCACAACGCGAGCAAUUGUGGAAAUCUGGAUACGAUAAAAAUGCAAUUUUGUACAAGCACAUCAGCAAACUAAACGCUAUUCGAACAUUGGCCAUCAAAAACGACGAUGGCUAUUUGGGUUAUAAUGCUUAUCCGGUGUGGACAGACGAUCAUACUAUUGUGAUGCGGAAGGGGAACAAUGAUACGUAG